AUGACCACCGACGCCGAAUCCAGACCGUUCAAUGCCGUGUCUUUCUACGCCUUCCUGAAAGAGGGACGAUUCAUGGGAGUGCGCUGCCGGGAGAACGGCAACGUUUAUGCAGAAGCGCGGCCGAUCGAUCCGGUGAGCCACAGCCGAGAUAUGGAGUGGCACGAAUUCAGCGGGCGGGCGACAUUGAGCACUUUCACGUGUAUCUCAGUGGCUCCGGCUUCACUGGAGGCCAAAGGCUACGGGAGGAACAAUCCAUACUGCACGGGGAUAGUGACCCUGGAAGAAGGGCCUCGAAUCAGCGCCCGUAUCUCAGGAGUGGACGCUUCCAACCCGCAGAACAUACCGGUCGAUUUGCCGGUGGUACUGGCGCUGGAUGAAAUCGACGCCGACGACCCGGGGCUGGUGUUUCGCCCAGCGUAG